UACGUUGCCACAGUAACAUUGUGUUUACUUGUCGCUCGGCAGCUCGUCAUCAGUCGUGUUUUAUUGAGCUGCAGUACACAGGUGUUUAGAUCUGACAGGAAAAAAACAAUGUCUCGCCUGAUGCGACCCCCUGAUAAAUUUCUGCCAUCUGAGUGGAAACAUGCAAACCAGGUGCAGUUCAGGAGCUCGGAGACAGAACGAUCACACUCACAGAGACUGACAGCACAGUGUCAGAGACUCAUAGAGGAGAGUGACAAAUCUACCAAAUGCAUGCAACAGGACGCUCUAAAGAAGCUGGAGCAGAGAAUCCAGGACAUCAAAUUCUGGAGGCAGGAACUGAACCGGAAGUUUGAGGAGAUGGUACAGGAGAUUGAGACCCUCGUCAUUUUCAAGAGCCAUGUAGAAAGAGCCUUAGAAAGCUGCUCUGAGCCUCUCCAAGUGACUUCGCAAUGUCUGACUGAGAGACAGAAGCGUGUGGCGAUUGACCUGGUGCAUGAUGAGGUGGAAGAGGAGCUGUUGAAGGAGAAGGAGGUGAUUGAAGGAGUGAUGGUCCUGCUUCAGCGAACCCUGGAGCAGAUCAAUGAGCAGAUCAGGCUCCUUCGUUCAGUGAAAUAUUAUCUGGAAAAGGACCUGCAGGACAAAUUUCAGGCCGAGCGCAUUGAUGAUUUCUGUUCUCUUCUCACUAAUGCAUCACCCGGUUUAAACGGAGGAAAUUCUAACUUUUCUAGUCUUGGAUCUGCAGUGACUCCUGAGGAAUGGGAGAGCCUCUGCAACUUAAACAUUAGCAAAGCUGAGAAAGAGAAGAACAACUCUCUUUCACUGAGAGCUCUCGUGGAUAGCCUGCUAGAGCAGACGGCUGCAGACAUGCACAGACAGUACGAGGCCACAGGAAGGGCUUUUGAGCUGCGCAUAGAGGAGACCAAAACAGCCAAAGCACAGCUUGAGAACCAGCUCAAUGAGCUGCUAGCAGAGACAGCAAAUCAGGAGAAGAAUCUGGAGUCUCUACGAGUGGCAAUCGCAGAGAAAGAAGCUCCACUCAAAGUUGCUCAGACUCGACUGUCCACUCGCAGCCAAAGACCCAACGUUGAGCUCUGCCACGACCCAGCUCAGAUCCGACUGCUGGAAGAGGUCAAGGAGCUCGCGAGCAACAUUGAGAGACUGACCGAGGCUCUUGAACUGUCAGAAAUGGAACUGAAGGCUCUAGCAAGGCGCCAGUUGAGCCUGGAGGAGGAGAUCCAGGUCAAGACCAACUCUCUAUAUAUAGACGAGGUGAUCUGCCAUCAGCUACGCCAGCCUGUGGUUAUUCACAACUUCUGAACAGGGCUCUUGCAUAGCGGAAAGGCCUAGGAUUCAAUAUAACAUUUAUUGUCUUUAACAAUUUCUUCUGGAAUGUUUCUGUUGGUUUAUUUGUUGCUCAGUCCAUUGAGGUAGAUUGUUUGAUUAAAUGUUUAAAAAACACUCAAUCAACAGUGGAUGGCUUAUAAUAAAAAUAACAAUCUAAUGAUCAUAUAAUACUUCAUUAUCCAAAAAUGAAAAAAAUGCAUUAGGUAUAAAGAUAAUAUUAGUUUUCCGGAAAAUUAUUUUAGUGCUAACAAUAUUGGUUUCUGUAUUAGUCUAGUUGUCAAGUACACAUAUCUCUAUGGUAAUGAUUAUCAUGAUGAGUCAUUUCUGAAACUUGAGAAAAUCAGAUCAAAUAAAAAGCACCAAGUGGAUUAAAAGAAAAAAUUGCUGUCAUAUCAGCUCUGAACUCUUGAAAUAUUAGGCAAGCGACCAUUUGAACAAUUCUGGAAAUAAAGAUGCAGUUGUUGAUUCUUUUUUCAUUACCAGUAAUAUCAAAUAAGAAUGCCCC